AUGGGGGUCCCGGCAGGAUUCAAACUGAACCACGCAUUCAACACCAUGUUGGGGAAAUUCUUCCUGUAUCACAUAAACUUGUGGUGGACUUUUCUAGUGGUGGCCAGGCCGCUGCUGGAGCUGGUGUUCCGGGUGUUCCUGCUGCUGGGGCGGGUCGGCAUCACCUGCCAGGUGUGCAUCCUGGGCGACCUGCUGGCCCUGGUCAGCUUCCACGUGUACUGCGUCUACGUGUACGCCGCCAGGCUGUACCACCUGCAGCUGCGCGGGCUGGUGGCGCUCUUCCGGCUGUUCCUGGGCAGGAAGCGCAACCCGCUGCGGCGCAGGAUCGACUCCUGCCGGUACUCCACCAACCAGCUGUUCAUGGGCACGCUGGCGUUCACCAUCCUGCUGUUCCUGCUGCCCACGACGCUCAUGUACUACGUGGUCUUCGCCGGCCUGCGAGUUGCGAUCGUGGGCCUGGGAGGUCUCCUGGCCCGCGUCCGGUACCUGGUGGAGGUCCUGCCGCUCUACGCCACGAUCCUGUGGCUGUUUGGCUCCGCGACGGUCGGCAGGAGCGUGCAGUGGACGGUGCGGGCGCAGGCGAGGGGCGGGCCCCUGACCGUGUGCGUGCGCGUGGUGCCGGGCUCGUGGCGGGAGACGGCGGCGCAGUGCGUGCCGGACCCCGCGCGGCCGCCCGCGCCCGUGGCGUGGCUCGCCCUGCUGCAGGACCUGCUGGUCGGGAGGCUAAUCUACCCCGUGUAGGAGGCUCGUCUACCCCGUGUGGGAGGCUAGUCUACCCCGUGUGGGAGGCUAGUCUACCCCGUGUGGGAGGCUCGUCUACCCCGUGUGGGAGGCUAGUCUACCCCGUGUGGGAGGCUAGUCUACCCCGUGUGGGAGGCUAGUCUACCCCGUGUAGGA